AUGGACGCAGGAGAAAAUGGAUUCGGGGCUGGGGACAGCGAGAUCGAUCCAGCUGUGCUCCGAGAACUACCAAAAGGAUUUCAGGUCAUCUCCACCGAGAAGCAUGGGACGAGCCACUGGGGUCAGACGGGUCGUAUCAACGUGAUAUUAAGCGAUGGCACACUCCAGUGCUUCUUUAUAAAGGUGUUUCUGAAAGAGCUGGGCAGAAGCGUCACAAGAGGAGAAUAUCAGUCAAUGAAAGCGAUAUAUGAUGUUGUGCCGGAUUUUGUCCCAAACCCCAUAGCUUUUGGCUCGUAUGAUAGAGCACCGGAGACUCAUUUCUUCCUCUGCGAAUUCCGAGAAUUGACUGACCGAGGUAUACCUGGCUCGAUGCCUGACCCUCUUGAUUUUGCCGCUUUGCUUUCCGCUUUACAUGAAAAGAGUAUCUCACCCACCGGGAAAUUUGGAUUCCAUGUUACGACUUACGCAGGAAAUCUACCCCAGUUUGUUGGAUGGGAAGAUAGCUGGGAGACAUUCUUCGCAAAGAGUAUGAGACAGGCACUUGAUCUGGAGAUAGCGAUGAAAGGACCUAGCGAAGAACUUGCCGAGCUUUCAUGCGUGCUGUUUGAAAGAGUGAUGCCAAGACUUUUACGUCCGCUUGAGAGCAACGGCAGAGUCAUCAAACCAUCACUAGUUCACGGCGACCUCUGGUACGGAAAUUCGGGCGUUGAGACUGACAGUAACCGACCACUUGUUUUUGAUGCAUGUGGUUUCUUUGCACACCAUGAAUGUGAGUCACGACGACGGACGACGACAUAA